AAUAAUAGUCAGUAUACUUUCUGUAACGACACGAGUAGCAUCUACAGUACUUCUAAAACAAGAAACAGUAAAAUUUGCUGGUCAACCAAAGAUUUUUAAAAUGAGUCGUAGAGGAGGCAGAAACAAUAGGCCUUUAUUUCAUCGGCAAGCAGCCGCUUUGAUCAACAGUCGGGCCAUGCAAAACUUUUUAAGUCGGCAGCGUUUUCAAAUUGUUCCUCCGGGAGGAUUUCGCAGAUCAAGGAUAAAUGGGUCCAGGCGAUAUGCGUCUGCUAGUCAACGCGAUCGGAAUUCUACUAGUCGAAGCAGGGGGAAUUCGCGUAGAAGUCGGCGUCGACGGGCCCGUAGAUCCCAGGCGGAGUUGCCGGAAAGAAACAUUACAAUCAACAUUGAUCCUAUGGAUCUGCUCUCGGCUUUCGAUGCAGUUAUUUCAUGGUGCCGUGAGCUAACUUCGGUGUCGCUACAGGUCGAAACAACAGAAGAGAACUUGAAUUUUAUUUUUACCCCAGAUGGGGUAGCUCAGAACGAAGAACAGAACUCCAAUGAUGGUACUGAUGAUCAGGACACUGAAGAUGCCAGUGAACAAAAUCCACGUCAGCAAGAUCAGGACAUCGAUGAAAGUGCCGAUGAUCGGGAGACUGAUGAUGCUAAUGAUCAAAAUCCUCGACAGGAAGUUCGGGGCUCCAAUGAAAAUACUAAUGAUCAAAAUCCACGUCGGGAAUUAGGGCGCUCCAAUGAAAAUACCAAUGAUCGAAAUUCACGUCAGGAAGGUCUGGGCUCCGAUGAAAAUGCCAAUAAUCAAGAAGACCACUAAGAAGACCACUACCAAUGAUGAAAAUCGGGAAAGUACCUAAGAGUACGAUGACCGACUAAAACCAUUUAUUAAAUCAAUAUAGAUCUGUUCAAUUUGCAACGAAAGCACAUGUAUCGAUUGUACAUUGUAAACUUUUGUAACAAUAAUGUUGUCUCCCCAAGCAUUACCCAAAUUAACUCUCUGAAAGGAAGCUUUAACUAAUACAAUUUUUAAAAUUGUUAUAAUUUAA